CCUCGUCGACGUUGCUCACUCGCUAUCACUUGUUUCUUGUCAUUUGCCAGCAUAUUCUCUUUUUUUUGCUUUGUCGUUACAUCCUACAACUAUCAAUCCACGUUUCGAUGCCUGAAUCUCCACAUAAACAGAAGUGUCCGAUUUGCGAGAAGACCUUCAAGAGCUUGGUGAAGCAUACCCCGGCCUGUCGUCGCAAACUGGAAGGACGGUUGCAGGAGGAGCAGCUGGAGCGGGAACUGAGGAAAGCAGAUGAGGCUAGGCGGCAGAAGCAAGGCGGUACCCCUGCCAAAGUCAGGACCCUGAAGCCCUGGGAGGACCGUCCAAUUGGAAAGCAACGUCGUAGUAACCGCAAAGAGGCGCCUGAGCUACCGCAAGAGGGCGGCCCUGCUACCCUAGAACAGGUUCUCUCAGAGCCUUUGCCCGAGUUUCUCGGUGCAGUUGAUGCUGAGGAUAAUCACCCACAGCAUCCGUCUGUUCAAGCUCCUCCCUCACCCCAUAUCCCCGUGUCAGAGCCAUCCCGCCCUGCGCAACAUGACGAUAUCCGGACAGAAUACCAUCCUCACUCCGAAAGGCCAGCUCGUCACGACGCGUUUGAGAAUUAUCGACGACAGCAUCGCUCGAAGACCAAUCCUCCCUCGAGCAAACAUCCCCCUCAUUACCCUUUCGCUACCGAAGCUGAUUUUGAGUUCGGCGAGCUGGCUCUCCGGUGCUGUCUAAACCAGAAGCAGAUCAGCGCUUUCUUAUCACUCUUCCACCGUUGCAUGAAGGGGGAUGAUAAACUUACGAUAGAGACCUACGACGAUCUUUCACGGUGCUGGAGGGAAGCUUCCCAACUGCUGACACCGAUUAAAUGUGAUACCAUCCCCGCUACGUACAAGAAUGAAAAACAGGAGUUCAAACUAUACAGCAGGUCGCUGUGGGACUGGGCACUCGAUCUGGUCAAAAAUGAGGAGCUGGCACCAUUCUUUGAGUGGGAUGCUCAACGCUUAUUCAAAUACGACGAAAAGCGCGCGCGUUGGAUCCGAUUCAUUAAUGAGCCUUGGACAGCCGACAGUUUCUACGAUGUUCAGUCGAGCCUCCCGGCAGAAGGGAAACCACUCGCAUUUCUCCUUUAUGCGGACAAGACGGAGCUAUCGUCUUUCGGAGGAGAGAAGGGCUACCCAGUGUAUGCAAGGCUUGCUAACCUGCCUAUUGACAUCCGUAAUGGCUCAGAGUCUGUUCUUGGGGGUGGUCGAGUUGUUGGUUGGUUGCCGGUCCCUAAGGAAACGAGCAAGAAAAAGGCAUCGAAGAAGGACUAUGCAGAUUGGAAGCGCGUCGUUUGGCAUGAUAGCUUCAAGAAGCUUCUUGAUACCAUCCGUGACCACGCAAAAAAUGGUUGCUGGGUGCGAUGUGGGGAUGGUAUCGAAAGAUUUCUCUUUCCAGCCAUCAUCAUACUGUCUGCGGACUACGAGGAGCAAUGCACCAUGGCGAACAUUCGAGGGGCAGGCAGCUUGAGUCCAUGCCCCAUCUGCCUCGUCAAGGCUGAUGAAAUGCUGGAACUUACCAAGAGCAACACUGAGCGCGACGUCGCACAGACUGAAUCCAUGGUCUCGGAGGCAUUGACUAAAGGAGUGACAGAGCAGGAUAGAGUUCCUGAAACCAGACGGAUUGCGUCCAGUAAAGGUGACGCUUGCCGCUUCAGUUGGAAGUGUAUCAAUAUUGACUAUCAUCAGAACGCGUUUUCGAAUGUAGCAAACUCGAACCCAUUCCGAGCUCUUUCCUUCGAUCGACUACAUAGCUAUGCUAAUGGCCUGGGUGCUAAGCACCUGUGGGUGACGUUGUUGAAGCACAUCGAGGAUAAUUAUGGCAUGGAGAAAUUACAGGAGCUCGAGGACCGAGCAAGGAGUUUCCCGUCCUGGCAAGGCCUUAACCGCUUCAACAAAGUCUUGAGCACCAAAUACCAAGAUGGUAAUAAGAACGAAGAUUUGAUGAAGGCGACACUGUUUAUCGCCUUCAACAUUUUUCCGCCCCAAGAUAAAGUGGGCCACGAGCUCCUGAAGUGCAUACGCCACUUCCUGAAUCUCGACAUACUCGCAUCGUUUACAAAUCAUACUGAAGAUACGAUCCAAGAAAUUUCGGAUGAGUUGGGCCGUUUUGAAGUUUCCCUGAAGAGAUACAUCUCUCUUACACCUGAGGCGUCAAAGAACUGGGCAUUCCCAAAGAUUCACGCGCAUACACAUCUUCCGCGGGAUAUUUACCUCAAGGGUGUGACGCGAAAUUACAAUACCAAGCCAAAUGAAGGCAUGCACCCAAUUCUAAAAGACUUUUACCGCUUUAUGACAAACUUCAAGAAUUUCGAAGGAAAGAUCCUCGAGCUUGAGCACUGGUGCUACACAGCCGCAUAUAUUCGCAGCAAGAUUGACAUGUAUCACGGCAGAAGCAACCUCAUUGACCCAGAUUCAGAUGCAGCUAGUGACAUUGAGGGCGAUGUUGCUCAAAAGGACUCUGAGAAUCUUAGUUUGGGCUCAGGAGAUGUGAUUCACGUCAUCGACGGCGGGGGCUUGAUGCAUCGGAAGAAAAAGGAAACCACGUCAAAUGUUUUCGGAAACAUCAGCCUGGGCUCACCGCAGAAGCCCGUUACACUCCAACUCUUCGUCUCUGAGAGACGCCAGGAUCCUCGAUUCAAAGGAUUCAGAUCGGCUUUGGGGACGUACAUCUCUGCAGCAAUUCAAAGUGGUGAAAUUCCAUCAACAUUUUCCUUGCAUGACACGACUUUGAUCCAUGAAUUCUGCUUCGUAAAAACGUUCUACGAAUGCAGGGUCACUUGGGAAUUGGAUGUGACCCUCCUUCGGUGCAACCCUGAUUACCAGCAUCAUGCACGAUAUGAUCCCAUUUUGCUCGAUGGCGAUGACAUCACCCGAUGUUUUGCUCGCCUCGUUUCAACCUUCACCAUUGACAUCCCCGAUCUCAACCGCACACUCCCACUUGCUUUUGUCGAGUUAUACGAUGGCCCAGUAACCGAAGCACAGCGGAGGAAAGACAGAGAACUUGGGUUACUCAGAGUGUGCAGAAAGCCAAGAACCAGUGGCCAUUUCGUGAUCAUCUCGACCAAUUUAAUUACACGCGGUGUUCUUCUCGUGCCAGCAUUCGGAGAAAGGGAAGAGAAUUACCUCGUUUUUGACGUCUCCGAUGGAGAUAUGUUCCUUAGAGUUAAGGAUUUCAUCGCCAGAAACAAUACAGUAUCCCAAUGCUAA